UUUGUGCUUUUUUCAUUACAUUUACAUAUAUUCUCCAUCUUCUUUGUUCUUUCUCCCUUCAAUUUUUGUUUGUAUUAGAAAAUUUAUCAAAUUAAAAAAUUGUCGCCGGAGACUCGCCGUCUCCGGUGAAUAUUUUUCUGGUGAUUUGAUUAUAUAUUUCUUCAAGAUUUGCAAAAGGGUAUCCAAAAAUAGCAAAAAGGAAGAAUUUUGUUGAAGACAUUUUGAAUAUUUACUGAAGGAUUUAGCUCAGUUUCUGCAUAUUUUGUUGUCCAUUUCGAGGAGAAAAGAUAUAGUAAGGGAGAGUGUAGGAGAAGGAUGUUGACAUGUAUAACGUGUAAGCAAAAGAUAGAAGAUGAUGGAGGUGAAGAAGGACCUCGUGGCCGUGCUCCUACUCCCCAUACUAAAGAUUCCAUCAAAAGCCUCACAGCACAGAUCAAGGAUAUUGCUUUAAAGGUCUCUGGUGCAUAUAAAUGCAAGUCAUCAACACCAACUGGUACUUACAGGAAAGGUCAUAGACCUUAUCCUGAUUUUGAUACAAUAUCAGAGGGAGUUCCAUAUCCUUUUCAACCAGCAAGUUCAAGCUCUACUCCAGCUUGGGAUUUUACUAGUGCUGGUAAUCUAAGGACUCCGCGGCCUGAUUCAAGAUUUGCUAGAGGAUUUAGUGGUGGUGGUGGUGUAGAAUCUAUUUCUCAGUCUGGUGAGGUAGUGGCGGAAGAUGAUGGACAAAAAGAGUGGACUGCACAUGUUGAACCUGGUGUUCAGAUCACUUUUGUUUCUCUCCCUAAUGGUGGAAAUGAUCUUAAACGAAUCCGAUUUAGUCGGGAUAUGUUCAACAAAUGGCAAGCUCAAAGAUGGUGGGGUGAGAAUUAUGACCGAAUUAUGGAGCUCUACAAUGUUCAGAGAUUCAACAAACAAGCUCUUAACACACCUGGAAGGUCUGAGGACGGAAGAGAUUCCAAUUAUUCGAGGCUUGGAUCCGCGAUAGAAAGCCCUAUGAUGACCCCUGCAACAAAUAAGGACUGGCCACCAAGCAAUUACCAUAAACCAUCUGGAUCAACUGGUUUACCAAAGGGGGAUAUGUCAUAUAUGGAUGCGUCAAGGACAACUACAGACUCUAGGGAUGAAGCUUCACUUUCCGUAAGUAAUGCCAGUGAAAUGGAGUCAGAAUGGAUAGAACAAGAUGAGCCUGGUGUGUAUAUAACCAUCAGACAACUAGUUGAUGGCACUAGAGAGCUACGACGUGUAAGAUUCAGUCGGGAGAAGUUUGGGGAGGUGCACGCAAAGCUGUGGUGGGAACAGAACAGAGAGAGAAUACAAUCUCAAUACCUUUAAAUCAACAAAUUUCUAUCCACAGAACAAAAGAAUUAUUCCAUGGAAAAGGGAAAAUUUUUGCCUCUUGGAUGUGAUGAAGCUGAAACAGAGAUCAUUACAAGAUACUUAUAUUAAAAGUAUUUAUAUUACUUCAGAUAGAAUGGCUCCAUUCUACCGAACAAAAUCACUUUGGCCAUUAGCAAUUUUCAUGGCAUUUCUUGAUCUCUAGUUAUACAUGAUCUUGCAAAUUCUCUCAUGAAUUUCUUUAAAGGUUUCAAGUUGUUUUCCUUGUAACAUAAUCUUUCUAAAAAUUUAGUUGAACCAAAUGCUAGAUGAUGCAAGACAUACUGCUUUUUUGCAUUACUAUUGUCAA